ACAGCAGUCUAGAAAAACAAACAAAAACAGGCGUCUGGAAUAAGCAACGCCCGGAUAGAACACGAUAGAGUCCGCGAGCGCAACCCCACCCACAGCUCCCGACCGUUGCGUCGCCGCAGCCUCCGCCCCGCGCGCCCGCCGGCAUGGCCACGGCCGCCGCCGCCGCCGCCCGCCGCGCGCCCGUGGGCUCGCACCGCCUCGCACCGAGCCGGCACAGCAGCAGCCGCUCGUUGCUCCAUCCGGCCUUGCUCUGCUCCCGCCCGGGGAUGCUGUCCGCCCAGCCCCAAGCGGCGCCGGCCAGGACGGAGAGGGCGGCCGGCCUCGCCGCCCGCGUCGCGUUCAACCCCUCCGGCAACUUCGACCUCUCCCUUUCCAUGGACCAAGACGAUACCCCACAAGUCCAACCUCCACCUCCGCCUACAGAAGGGCGCUUUGAAAUCGUUAUCAACAAUGACACCAUCCGAACACUCGAUCUAUCGCCUGUUCAAGAAGCACUCGGUGAUUUGAGUUCCUUAACAGCAGCUGAAUCAAGAAAUCUUUUGGAUCGAACUGUUGGGUUUACCAUAAAUUACGAGAGGAAGGAUCAAUACGACACGCGGGAGCUCUCAGAGUUGCCUGACAUAAGGCUAUGGUUUGUGAGGCUUGAUACUGCUUACCCUUGGUUUCCAGUUGUGCUUGACUGGAGAGCCGGUGAGCUCGCCAGAUAUGCUGCAAUGCUGGUCCCUCACCAGAUGAGCAUGCGACUCGGUGUCGUUUUCAACCCGGAGGCGCUAGAGCUGUUUGUGAUGAAGAAAGUGUUUGCUGUUGAUUCCUGGCUGAAGCAGCAGAACCAUCCCAAGCCGAGGUUGAAGACGGCAGACAUGGCCAGGAUGCUCGGCUUCGGUAUAGGAGAUGAGCUGUUCGACUUGAUCGAGAAGUACCCUGUUCAUCCUUCGUGAUUAGAACUGAAAAUGGAAUCAAUUGCAGUUUAUCACAGUCAUUUGAUCGGCGCUACUUGUAUACAUGAAAAUCAUGGUGCUGAAUUGUACAGAAAUUUACUUUUGUUUGAGGAGCUUGUUGAUUC